AUGGGCUUUAGUAACUUGGUGUUGAACCAAGAGAACCGCACUGAAAGCAAUAAAAAGAUGAACGUGCCUUUUCUGUUUGUUCUUGUAGUUUGUGUUGUCCAAAGCUCAACUGAAGGACAACCCUUAGACGGUGCUCAUGGAAAUGAUAUAAUUUAUAAUGAAUUCAUAAAUGAAAACAUCGACAAAGGAGAAUACAGCUAUCGUUUUAAAACAAUAGACGAAACCGAGAAAGACGAGACCGCAUAUUUCAACGAAGAUGGCGAUUUGGUUGUCGUUGGAUAUUAUUCAUACGUUGAUCCAGAAGGGAAAAUACAUUAUGUACCGUAUAGAGCUGACAAAACUGGCUUUCAUAUCGAAAAAAUAUCCAGCGGAUCUUUUAAUUUGCCUAACGCAAUAGUUGCAUCACUCCUCGGUGGGUAA